AUGUCUCUCCCAGGCCUUGACCUCGCGCAAUCCUCCGUAGAGACGGAGUUCACCCCCGCACCACCAACCCAAGUUAGUCUGACCAGAGGAUCAGAAUGGAGAUUUGAAGUCGCCCAUGGAACGACAGUGAGAGUCAAGCUCUUAGCCGGCACCGCAGAACUCUUCGGCACCGAACUCGCCGCCUCCCAGACCUACACCUUUUCCGGGACAAAAGCCGCAAUUUACACCUGGCACGGCUGCACUUUGGAAAUCAGCGCCGGAGACACGAUAGAUGGUGCCAAUGGUGGAGCUACUGCCACGGGUACUGGCACGGGCGUCCCUGGCCUCGCUGGCCCGACGCGCGGGUACGGCGCAGGCGGGUGCCAGAGCGAAUAUGUAGCAGAGGAGACACCGAUGGUGGAAUACGCGAACGUGCACUUUGCGCUGGAAACGCUACGACAGGAAUCCAAGGCUACGGGGAAAGAUGGGCCGCGGGUUCUGAUCGUCGGUCCCGAGAACGCGGGCAAGACGAGUCUUGCGAAGAUUCUGACGGCGUAUGCGACGAAGAUGGAGCGGCAGCCGAUCGUGGUGAACCUUGAUCCGACGGAGGGUAUGCUGAGUGUUCCGGGGACGUUGACGGCGACUGCGUUUCGGACGAUGAUUGAUGUUGAAGAGGGGUGGGGGAAUAGUCCGAUGUCUGGGCCGAGUCCGGUGCCGGUUAAGUUGCCGCUGGUGUACUUCUAUCCGUCGCAGAAUCCGCUGGAGAAUGAGGGAGCGCUGUAUCGGCCUGUUUUGUCGAGGCUGGCGUUAUCGGUUACGGGGAGGAUGGCGGAGGAUGAGGAUGCGCGCGAGACGGGGAUUAUUGUUGAUACUCCGGGGGUUUUGGGGCAUGGGAAGCCGGGGAGUUUGGAGUUGAUCAAUCAUAUUGUCACGGAGUUUUCCAGUACGUCCUCCCCUUCCCAUUGGCCUUCUUUACACGUCAGAGAUGCUAACGACACAGUAACUACGAUCCUCGUCCUCGGCUCCGAACGCCUCUACAGCUCCAUGCUCAAAUCCUACGACAACAAACCAACCUCCUCCGCCUCAGCAGCCGCCUCCGACGAACGCAUCUCCGUCAUCAAACUCCCCAAGUCAGGCGGCUGCGUCGACCGCGACGCAGCGUUCAUGAAAGGCGUCCGUGAAUCAGCUAUCCGGUCGUAUUUCUUCGGAAAUCCCAUCCCGUCGACUGCAUCUGCGGCGCUGUCGUUGUCAUCUGCGUCUUCAACAACGAAUAUUACGCUUUCCCCGCACGCGCAGCAGUUGGAUUUCAAUUCUAUGUCUGUAUAUAACGUUGCGGGUGUGAAAGACGAGGACGAGGAUGAUUAUGAUCCUUCGCAGUUGGAGUCGUUCUUGCCGGGUGGUGGCGUAAAUGACUACCCCGAGUCCCAACCUCAACCUCAAAAAGAAAGUACCCCCACACCAGUCCUCCCAGGCACAACGCCAACCCCAGCACCAGCACCAGCAUCAACACCCUACGACCCAGCCUCCGCAACCACCACCAACUUCUCCCCCUCCAACGAAAACGAAACAUCCCUUAAAAAACUUACCCCGCCCUUCCCAACAACAAUGGCAAACUCCCUCCUCGCAAUCACCCACGCCCCGCCGACAGCAUCUCCCUCCGAAGUCCGCGACGCAAGUAUCAUGGGCUUCCUGUACGUUGCAGAUGUUGACGUGGAGAAGAGGAAGAUGAGGGUUUUGGCACCGAUGGGGGGUCGGGUGCCGCCUAGAGCGGCUGUUUGGGGGAGGAGGUGGCCGGGAGAGGUUGUGGGGUUGGUUGGAUAG